AAGAUGAUUAAAGAGAAUGGAGGGGAACACUUUCAGUGGGAGGAAUUCAUGAUGGUUCAACUUGCAACAGAACAACAGCAGGAACAAACAGCAGCGCAGAAUAAACCUGAACAAACAGUGGGGAAAAAUAUUCCACAUAAAGACAGCGGACAGCAGAAGGAAACAUCAGGAAGAUCUUGGAAUCCAUUCUGUCGUGGUGGAAAACAAGAGGGUGAGGUGCCUCAGAGGUUGAACCUGGUGCUGUGUGGCAGUGAUGGAGCACUGAAGGCCUCCAUAUCAGAUCUCAUUCUGGGCCCAAGCCAGCGCAGUUCAGCACCCAGCUCAGAGUGCGUGAGGAGAGAUGGAGCGGUGUCUAGACGCUCGAUCACCCUGGUGGAGAUGCCAGCUCUCUACAACACACCUCACUCGGAGGAGGAAGUGAUGCGAGAGGCUCUCCGCUGUGUCUCUCUGUGUGAUCCAGGAGUCCAUGCGUUCCUCCUCAUCAUUCCAGUUGGCCCCAUCACUGAUGAAGACAAAGGAGAAAUGGAGAAGAUCCAGAAAAUUUUCAGCUUUGUAGUCAAUGAUCAUUUAAUAGUUCUCUUUACAGUGCAGCAGGCUGAUAGUACAGCUGAAAAAGAUUUUAUAGAACAAAGCACUGAUAUAAAGAACUUUCUUUCCAUUUGUAAACAUAAACAUAUAUUAGUAGAAACAAAGACAGGGAAAAAAAACAAGCAAAUGAGUGAAAAACUGUUAGAUGAAAUUAAAGAAAUGACAGAAACACAGCCAUAUUGUCUUUACAUGUAUGUAAAAGCUCAAGAGGACAGAGUCAGAUGUGAACUACAGGAACAGUAUAAAGAAGAGCUGAGCAAAAAGGAGAAAGAAAUCCAGGAGUUAGAGAAAGAAGUCCAAGAGUUAAAGUGGAAGCUCCAGCCAGAAGGUGAAGAUAAAGAUGAACCACAGGCUUCAAGCUGCUUAAGGAUAGUACUGAUUGGAAAAACAGGAAGUGGAAAGAGUGCGACAGGAAACACCAUCCUGGGAAGAGAUGUAUUUAAAAGUGAAUUCAGUUUUGUUUCUGUGACAAAGGUUUGCCAGAAAGGAGUUAGUGAGGUUGAGGGAAAGUCAGUUACUGUUGUUGACACUCCAGACCUCUUUGACACUGAACUAUCAAAUGAAGACAUACAGCAAGAAAUUGUGAAGUGCUUCUCACUGUUAGCACCCGGACCCCACGCUUUCCUCAUUGUGCUGAGUUUGGGAAGAUUCACCAAAGAAGAAUUAGAGACUUUAGAUCUGAUAAAAAAGACAUUUGGUCCAAAGGCUGCUAUGUUCACUAUAGUGCUGUUCACUGGAGGAGAUAAGCUGGGAAAUAAGUCAAUAGAACAAUUCAUUGAGGAAAGUAACAUGGAACAAAUCAACAAGCUGCUCAGAGACUGUGGAAACAGAUAUAUAGUAUUUAAUAACAACGAAAAAGAAGACCGCACCCAAGUUUCUGAACUUUUAAAACGGAUAGAAAUGGUGAUAAACUCAAACACGUCAAGUCAGCACUUCACAAACAGCAUGUUCGAAGAGGCGGAAAUGUCCAUCAAAAAGAGAAUUGAAGAAAUUCUGAAAGAGAAAGAGCGAGAGAUUGAAGCUGAAAAGGAGAAACUGAAAAACAAAUACAGCAAAGAAAUGGAAGAGAUGAAGAAAAGACAAGUGGAAGAAAAACAAAAGGCUGAUGAAGAAAAGCUCCAAAUGGAGAGGAAGUUCAGAGAAAAGAUGGAAACCCUCAAACAAGAGUUUGAAGAAAAAAAUGAACAAGAGAAAAAGAAACGGGAGAUGGAGGACAAGACGAGGUUAGAAGAAGAAAAGAUACAAACAAGGAAAUGGCAAAACAGAAUUAAUGAGUUAGAAAAAGAGAACCAAAAGCAGAGAGCGGAAUUUGAAAAACAGUAAAGAGACAGAAAGGAGGAGGAUAAAAAGAGAGAAGAGAGAUACAAACAAGAAAAAGAAAUUCUCAUGAAUCAACAGAAGCGUGCCAUGGAGGAGCUGAGAAUGAGACAGGAGGAAGAGCGUAAAAGGAAAGAUCUGGAAGAGGACAAAAGGAGGCAAGAAGAAGAGAAUGAGAGGCACAACUGGGAGAGGAAAAUAAAAGAGGCUGAACACGAGAAAAAAGAGAUACAAGAGGACCUAAAGCGUAAACAGAGGGAAUGGGAAGAAGAAAAGAAAAGAGAGAUGAAAAGACGGGAGGAAGAGGACCGACUAAGAAAACAGAGACACGCAGAAGAGCUAAGAGCAAAAGAAGAAGAACAAGACAGAUUGAGAGAGGAAUUUGAAAGGGAGAUGGAAGAAGAAAGACGUCAGAGAGAGGAGGAGAAACAACAUUGGAGGGACGAGAGUGAGCGAAAAGAGAGAGAGAAUGAGGAAAAGAAACGUGCAAUGGAAGCACAAAUGAAAGAGCAGUAUGAGCAGCUGGAGAAAAUGAGAAAGGAAGAGUGGGAGAGAAGAAGACGUGAGGAUGAUGAAAGAAGAGAAGAAGAGACGCAAAGACUGCAGAAACUUAGAGAGGAGAUAGAGAGAGAACAGCGAGAGGAGAUUAGGAGGAGAGAGAGAGAAGACACAGCAAGAAGAGAGAGAGAGAGGAGAAGGAACGUGAGGAAAUGAAAAAGAACUAUGAUCAGAAAAUAGAAGAGAUGAAAAAUAAAUAUGAAGAUGAAGCCAGAAAGCAGGCUGAGCAGUUCAAUGAGUUCAAUGAUGAAAAAGAAAAACACUUCAAGAAGCUGAUUAAAGAGUAUCAGAAACAGUAUGGACUUCUGGAGAAUCUGUUUAAAAGCACCAAGGCUGAAAAUACUGAGGAAAUGAAGAAACUACAAGAGGAACUGGACGAACUAAAAAAUCAGUCGCAUUGUGCCAUUCAGUGAGACGUGCUGUGAAACAUGAUGAACAAUAACACUUCUUAAAAGAAGUCAGUUUUUUAUUAUUUCAUUUGUACUUUUUAACUGUCCAAGGAAGACGAUUUAAUGUUACUAAUGCUAAACAUUUAAUGCUUCUGAGCUCACUGUUAUUUUUUAGUAUAGUUCAAAUUGAUUUUUAAGUUGCUCGGUACCCUGUACUGUUGCACACCUUAAAAACUGCUUGUAGGA